UCCUCCUCAUUCCUAUAGGGCCAGGGCUCCCAGGAGCACCCUCAGAGAGCAGCGCAAGCACAGAGCACCUUGCCGUCAUCUUGGCCUCUGGGAACUGGCCACCCGUGGGCAUUGUGGCUAUUCAUGGGGCACCCAAGCUUACAAAAAGGAGAACUUACUCUCUUCUUGUCAUUCUAAAAGACUUAUGAAACUGGACCCCCAUUUCUAUCGGCACACGGGAAGCUGAGGAUUUCCUACUGGGGCAAGACCUUGAAUCUCAAACUCCUGAAGAUUCUAAGAAAUCCCAGAAGCAAAGACUUUGGCACAAAACCCCUUGGAACCCAGAGAGGCCAGGAUGGAGACUGCAACUACUCCCAAGGACUAUGAAUCAAUCACAGAAUAUGACUAUGGGGACACAACCCCAUGCCAGAAGGUAGCCGAGAGAGCCUUCGGGGCCCAGCUGCUGCCCCCCUUAUACUCUCUGGUAUUUGUCAUUGGCCUGGUGGGCAAUGUCCUGGUGGUCUUGGUCCUCACACAGUAUAAGAGGCUACGGAGCAUGACCAGCAUCUACCUCUUCAACCUGGCCAUUUCUGACCUGCUGUUCCUCUUCACAUUGCCCUUCUGGAUUGACUACAGGCUAAAGGAUGACUGGGUCUUCGGCAAUGCUAUGUGUAAGCUCCUCUCUGGGCUCUAUUUCAUAGGCUUGUACAGCGAGGUCUUCUUCAUCAUCCUGCUGACCCUUGACAGGUACUUGGCCAUCGUCCAUGCCGUGUUCGCCCUGCGGGCUCGGACGGUCACCUUUGGCAUCAUCACCAGCCUCAUCACCUGGGGCCUGGCCAUCUUGGCUUCCAUCCCGGGUUUGUACUUUUCCAAGACCCAGCGGGAGUUCACACAUCACACCUGUAGUCUUCACUUCCCUCAUGAGAAUCUGAAAAUGUGGAGACAGUUCCAGGCCCUGAAACUGAACCUGCUGGGGCUGGUUCUGCCUCUGGUGGUCAUGGUCGUAUGCUACACUGGAAUCAUACGGAUCCUGCUCAAACGACCCAAUGAGAAGAAGACCAGGGCUGUCCGGCUGAUCUUUGUCAUCAUGCUCAUCUUCUUUCUCUUUUGGACCCCCUAUAAUCUGACUGUGUUUGUGUCUGCUUUCCAAGACAACCUGUUCACCCGUCCGUGUGAGCAGAGCAAACAAUUGGACAUGGCUACCCAAGUGACAGAGGUGAUUGCCUAUACCCACUGCUGUGUCAACCCUGUCAUCUAUGUCUUUGUGGGCGAGAGGUUCCGGAAGUACCUGCGCCAGCUCUUCCACAUGCACCUGGCUAAAUGGCUCCCCUUCCUCUCCCCUGAGAGGCUGGAGAGAGUCAGUUCCAUGUCCCCCUCCACAGGAGAACACGAGCUCUCGGCUGGGCUCUGACCUGGCCCCAAGCAGAAGUGACCGCCUGAUUCACUGCCAUGGGUGGAGAGUGGAGGCAGUUAGACUCUCACGAUGGAUUCUGAAGGCAAGAGGGAAUGGCAGCCAUCUUAAGCUCAAAAAAGACUGAACUUAAUGUCCUAGAAAGAAUCACUUCUUGGGUCAGGGAGGGGGUGAGUUUCAGCUCUUCCACUAACAUCUCACUGAUGGAGAAGAGAUGAGUCAAAUGACAUGUUCCAGAGCCUGGGACCAAAGGGCUUGCCCCCAAACAAGGUUUCAGAUUUGUGAGUAUUGGCAUGUGUAAAGCAAGCCACUGCAACCCCGACUCCUGCUCUCUACCUCUACCGCCCUUGACCUUGAAACAGCGAUGUCCACAGUGGACUCCACUCUGAGUCCAGGAGCCAGUCAGUAGUUUGCAGCUGUCUCCCCAAACCGUCGCUUUACCCUUACUGUUUGGACUCUUGGAAACCCUGGGGAACUUGGAGAAUGGGAUGGGUAGAACUUGACAUAAAAUGGGAAAUCGUAUCAGGGACCCACUAUUGGAAGUGGAACUAAAAGCCCUAAAAUUGAUUCAGGCAGUAAAUUGACGCAUGCCACCCGAAAAUACGAUGCCAUGCUUCUUGAAAUAGCCAGGGAGGGAGGAACUGGUCACUUCCUGCCUUGGUGAGUGGUGUCAAAUUCUCCUCUCCCUGCAAAUUGCGCAACGUGUAGGUAAAUCCCGACAGCUUGGUCACAGAAGCUGUAGCAAGAUUGGUUUUCUUCCUUCCGGUUCUCCAACCAGACCUUCUGCUUUUAGAAUCAAAGCUCCGACUACUGCCUUGGACCUGUCAGCAAAAUAUGGCCUGGCUUGCAAGCUACGGUGCUGGUGCGGGGUGAGGGGGUUGGGAUGGCAGGAGAGACAGCAGAAACCCACCUGUCCUUGCUGGAGGGUGGGUGGAGCUGUCUAUCACCAUAUCAGAGGCUGGGAGGACCCUUAGUUCAAGGGAGCUUAUUUCCCUAAGAGCCCUUGCCCCUUCCUCUCUUACCAAGGAACCCCUUAUGUAUCAUGUCUUUGUUCUAUUUCUCUUCAAAAGCAAUUUCCCCAACAACAGCAACAAUCACUUCUAUCAAAGCUUGAAAACACAAAACAAAACAACCCAAAUACCACAAUCAAUCCUCAUCCUACUAACUAAAGACACUGACUCUUAUUGAAUGCAUUUUCUUUGCGGCUCUCGCCUACUCUUCACACCCACCUCAUGUAUAUGUACAAUCGAGACAAAGAUGGACCCCAGUUACACUCGAGGUUGUGUUGUUACUGCUUUGCAUGAGUUUGUGGUGCUCACUUUUUCCAGGGUCAAUAAAUCAUUGGCAAGCA